UCCAAGUUGUGUUGUGAUUUCCUUAUUGUCCAAGUUAAGUACAAGCAAACCAUGAAAGUGAAAAUAGGAAGCUCUAAGCUUGUUAAGCCUUUCUAUGAAGGUCACCCCCCUUCCACCACAGAUUACACCCCUUUGUCGGUCUUUGAUAAGACUACUUAUGAUCAACAUGUAGCUGUUAUUUAUGCCUAUAACCCUCCAACACCACCAAAUGCAACCAUUGAAUUAGGGCUCAGAAAGGCGUUGACUGCUUACCGUGAGUGGGCUGGGAAGCUCGGCAGAGAUGGCAAUGGGGAGCCUAUCAUUCUUCUUAAUGACGAGGGUGUUAGAUUUGUGGAAGCGUCAGUUGAUCGUCCCCUCAACGAAACAGUGCAUUUUCGACCUUCAGUAUCUUUACUGAACCUCCACCCUAGCUUGGAAGGCGUGGUGGAGCUCGUUCAAGUUCAAGUCACGAGAUUCUCAUGUGGCUCGAUGGUUGUGGGGUUCACCGCCCACCACCUUGUGGCAGAUGGACAUGGAACGAGCAGCUUCCUGGUUGCAUGGGGCCAGGCUUGUCGAGGGCUUGAUGUCAAUCCACUACCAUUCCGUGAUCGUACAAUAUUCUCCCCUCGAAACCCUCCCAAAUUUGAAUUUGAGCAUAGAGGGGUAGAAUACAUAACCAAGAACCUCAAAAAAAUAUAUCCUCUAAUUGAUAAUAGUGUGGAGGAUAUUGUGGCCCACAAAGUUCAUUACUCCAAGGAGUUCCUUUCCAAGCUCAAGUCUAAGGCUUCUGCAAUGAAUAGAACCAACAAGCCCUUCAGCACCUUUGAGAGCCUUGUGGCUCAUCUAUGGAGAGCUAUAACUAAGGCGCGUGGCUUAAAUGGUCUUGAGACGACCCAAGUGAGAAUAUCGGUAGAUGGUCGUUAUCGGUUGAAUCCUAGGGUGCCAAAUGAGUAUUUUGGCAAUUUGGUCCUAUGGGCAUUUGCAAGAGCUAAAGUAAAUGACCUUUUAAGCGAACCUCUUCCAUACGCAGCCAAACUUUUGCACGAGGCCGUCAUGAAGGUGAAUGACAACUAUUUCAAAUCAUUCAUCGAUUUUGCCAAUCAUAAGGUGAAGAAGGAAGAUCUUGUCCCAAAUGCAGUGGCGGACACAAAAGAGUCAAUACUGUGGCCAAAUUUGGAGGUCGAUAGCUGGCUACGGUUCCCAUUCUACGACCUAGAUUUUGGAUGUGGAGGUCCAUACAUUUUCAUGCCUUCCUUCUCCCCAACAGAGGGAAUGAUAUUUCUUCUACCAUCUUUCACAGGAGAUGGAAGCAUCGACGUUUUUGUCCCUCUAUUUCAAGAAAAUUUGACAACCUUCAAACAGAUUUGCUAUUCUCUAGACUAGAAUGCACAUCCAAAAUUAAUUUUAUCUAUUUACAUAUAUAAAAAAUUUAUGGGGUUUUUAAGCUAGUUCAUACAGUAAUUGAAAUUUUCCAUCGUAUACAAUAAUAAAUCUUCGUACCUGCUUCUUGUAACUUGCACUAUUACAAAUAUAAAGGAAAAAGAUUGAU